AUGAGGAGAGAGGUGAUGGACUUCAAGGAAAUGAUAAUGAAUCAAGUAAUACAAAUAAUAUUAACAGACAUUUCAAUGACCAGUGGGAGUCAUAGAGAAGGAUUCAGGCUGAAGGACUCAGAUUUGGACACAAUGAUGUGGCCAAAUGACCACAUUGUUAUAUGGGACUUAGAACAGACUCAGAAUUAUGACUUAAGUACAAAAACACUGAUUCUCUGUGAUUGUUCCGAUAGCCCACCAGGAUUUGCUUUACUUGAACUAGUGACACCAACACACAGGGAAAGUGUUAAAAAUGCAUGUAUGAGAAUAAAUGACAAACUCUAUGUAUCCAGUUCCAAAAGCAGACAAAUCUUAUGUUCAGUUGUUGAGCCAUUCAAUCCUACUGAACAUGGUCCGUGUUUUAGUGGUGUUAUGGGGGGAGGAGAGUAUGACUUUGCCCAAUGUUUUGCCUGUGAUUUCUGGCCUCCUCCUGCCUCCAAAUGGAUAGACAGAUGUCACGCGUGGCCCACAUCUUAUGUUGUUGAUGACAUAGUCAGAAGUGGAUGCCAUUUUGUAGCAAUAGGACACAAACUCGGAAAACAUGCAGACAAAGAAUGGAGAAUUUCCUUCUCUUUGGCAGAACAAAAACUUGUCUACUCAAUGAACCAUUUGCAAUUCUUAACCUAUGGUCUGCUUAAAUUGCUCUUAAAAGAGUCUAUUAAUCAUGGAUUAAGUGAUAAGGAUAAAUUACUGUGUUCCUACCACAUUAAGACAGCAGUUUUCUGGGUGAUUCAACAAAACACAAUACCUCAUUGGUGUCCUCAAAAUCUCCUGGAGGGUUUCUGGGUCUGUUAUAAGCUUAUCCUUAAAUGGGUGUACGAGGGAGUAUGUCCUAACUUUUUUAUUCCAGAAAACAACAUGUUUCUGAGUAAUAUCCAUGGUAAAGCACAAAAGGAUUUAUUCACUAGGCUUCAUGAAUUGUAUGGGAAGGGUUUAGUAUCAGUACUGCUUCACAUUCCAAGUAUCAGGUCCAGUAUUACAAGUGUCCUACAAAAUCCAAGACAAUCUGUUGAUAAUUAUAGAUACAUGCUGUUCUUCAAGGUUUCUUUUGAAUUAGAUCUAUUCCGUGAGUUGUAUUUAACUCAUAUACCAAUACCAGAUCUACCCCGAUGUAUAAGGCUUUUCAAUGCAGCAGAAAAAUUGAUAAUUUUACCCCUGACCCAGUACCAGGUUCUCGUGCUAAAGAAGUUUACAGCAUGUGCACUCCAGAAUACUGUUUUUAUGUUAUACGACCUUUUUACACUUUUUGGACCACUCAAGGUUAAUACUACCUCUGUUGAAAACAAACAGGUGUAUCUGGCUAACAAAGCAUCCAGUUAUAUGCUGAAAUUAGCCUCCAAGUUUGGUGGUAUUUCUGAUUUGUUGUUCAUUGCAAUGUUUAACUACAAGACACUAAGAUAUAAAGAAGCCCUAUUAGUUAUAGAGAUGACAAAGGUCAUGUUAGCACAGCCGUAUGUACCACUGCAUAUCAAUGAUUUGGCUAAAGUUGCAGUAUGGUAUGAGUUGAGGGAGUUCAUAGGGGGACAAUCCUGGUCUACAAAGAUGAGACAUGCUGUGGAUAUUUUUCUUGAAGUUACAUUCUGUUACAUUAAUGAAUUAGUGCCAGAACAACGAUCUGGGUUACAGAGUGAAUCCCCUGCAUUAUCUAUCCCACUCUAUGUUUUCUUGCAUAUGUUAGAGGUCUUGUGUUAUAGACAUGUAGACCGAUUGAGAGCUCAAACAGCUCUAGAAGAUCUACAGAACCUUGUCCAUCAUGAUCAGAGGAUGUACAUUCGUCCACAUCAAAGAGACAUAUCAUGGCAGAUUCUGGGGAUCUGUCAACAGGUGACAGGGAACCCCCAGGCUGCUUUGUAUUCCUACCAACAAUCUCUCAGACAAGAAAAACAUCACAAUAUUCAAACUGCAACAUUGAUGAGAAUACAAGAAAUCAUGAGACUCAUGCACAUAAAUCAAUAA